CAAAAUCAGUCUCCUGUUAUGAAAAUCUUCCUUUUCUCUCUUCUGUUAAUCUCUUAUGCCGAGUCACUUCCCUUAAACUUCACCGGUUUCAGUCCGAACAUGGGAACCAUUCACUUCGAAGGCGACGCUUUCUCGUCGCAAAAUGUUCUACAACUCACCAAGAACGAUGCUAUUGGCAGCCUCACCGGCAGCGUUGGACGCGCCUCGUAUAAUCAACCGGUUCGCCUUUGGGAUGCUAGUAAUGGGAAGCUGACAGAUUUCAUCACCCAUUUCUCCUUCGUAUUACGAGCGAUCAAUCUUAGUUUCUAUGGUGAUGGAAUAUCCUUCUUUAUAGCACCUUUUGACUCCAAGAUCCCGCCCGACUCCAGUGAUGGGUACCUUGCUUUGUUCGAUGGUAACCAAAACUCUAACUCCUCCAGCAAUAAUAUCGUUGCAGUUGAGUUUGAUAGUUACAAAAACGAUUGGGAUCCGGAUGAUAAUCAUGUUGGCAUCAACAUCAACUCCAUCGUCUCGGUGAAAAACGCGACAUGGAACAGUAGCAUCAGGGAUGGAAGAGUAGCAAAUGCAUGGGUGAGUUACAACUCCACCUCAAAAAAUCUCAGUGUUUUUCUAACCUAUUCUAAUAAUCCGGCCUACAGUGGGAAUUCAAGCCUUUCAUAUAUUGUUGAUUUGAGGGAUGUUUUGCCAGAAUGGGUUAGAAUAGGUUUCUCGGCAUCUACUGGGCGUGAAGUUGAGAUUCAUAAGAUUCUUUCUUGGAGUUUUGAGUCAAGCUUGGGCACCAGUGGGAAGAGGAAGAACUUGGGACUGAUUGUUGGAUCGUGUGUAGGUUUUGGUCUAGUGGUUUGUGGGUUAGGUUUGUUUAUCUGCAUCAUGUGGAGAGUGAGGGCACGGUUGAAGGACAGUGAGGCCAUCGAUAUCACCAUCGACGACGAGUUUGAGAAAGGGACGGGGCCAAAGAGGUUCACGUAUAACGAACUGUGUCGCGCGACGAAUAGUUUUUCCGAGGAAGGGAAGCUAGGAGAAGGAGGAUUUGGAGGAGUCUACAAAGGGUUAUUAAUCAAUUUGAACACCGAAGUGGCGGUAAAGAGGGUUUCAAGAGGAUCAAAGCAGGGGAAAAAGGAGUAUAUAUCGGAGGUGAAGAUCAUUAGCCGUUUGAGACAUAGGAAUUUGGUUCAACUUCUUGGCUGGUGCCAUGAGAAAGGUGAACUCCUACUUGCCUAUGAAUUCCUUCCCAAUGGAAGCCUUGAUUCUCAUCUAUUUGGUGAUAAAAUCAUGUUAACUUGGAUCGUAAGAUACAAAAUCGCACUUGGUUUGGCCUCAGCCCUGUUGUAUCUUCAUGAAGAGUGGGAACAAUGUGUAGUUCAUAGAGACAUAAAGUCCAGCAAUGUAAUGUUGGAUUCCAACUUCAACGCAAAGCUCGGAGAUUUUGGUCUUGCAAGACUUGUGGACCAUGACAUGGGUUCACAAACAACUGUCUUGGCCGGCACCAUGGGCUACCUAGCCCCAGAAUGUGUCACUACCGGCAAGGCUAGCAAGGAAUCCGAUGUCUAUAGUUUCGGGGUCGUGGCCCUCGAAAUUGCAUGUGGAAGAAAGCCGGUUGAACCAAGGGCAGAACCAAGCAAGGUAAGGCUGCUAGAAUGGGUCUGGGACCUCUAUGGAAAAGGCCAACUACUUGAAGCUGUCGACAAGAGAUUAGGCAAAGUCUUCGAUGAGAGGCAAAUCGAAUGUUUGAUGGUAACCGGGUUAUGGUGCUGCCAUCCGGAUUACACUCAUCGCCCUUCUAUAAGGCAAGUGAUAAGUGUCCUAAACUUUGAAGCUCCAUUGCCUAGUUUGCCAUCAAAGUUACCAGUACCGAUGUAUUACGCUCCUCCGAUGAGUCUCUGCAAGUUUACAUACACAUCAUCAUUCACAGGUGUCACAGAUUCUGAGAAAUAUCAGACUCAAUUUUCGUGCAGUAGCUGCUCUACUCAUACAAAUUCGUCAUCAGCUGCAGGUUCUGGAAAAGCUCUUUUAAGUUCUCAUAAGCCCUCAAGUAAUAUAUCCCCUGAAACUCUCCAUUAA